AUGAUAAACAGGUUUAUACGGCAUGAUAAGGAUAUAAUAUCGAGAUUUCUCAAGAGUCAAUUUUCUUGUCAAUGUAGACAUGCUUCAAGAUAUUCUUCAAAAAUUAAGAUUAAAAGCUCAAGGUUGAAGCUGCAAAAAACCACAAAGUCCAACAAAGACUCAAACGGCUCACCAACAUCACCACCCACCAAGUCUGAUAGCAAUAAAAGUCGUAUAUUUGAAACAGGAAAAUUUUCACAAUUAUACAAUUCAUUAAAAUCGACAAAUACUCAGGAUCCUUCACUACAAAUUUCAAAAAUAAAUGAUUUUAAUCAACUAAAGAUUUUCCCUUCAGUGAGAGAAGCAAUGAUAAAAGAGAUUAAAUCACAAUAUAACUUGAAAGGUCCACAAUAUUCAUCAAUAGACCAAAUAGAAAUCAAGCCAACGCCAAUCCAAGUAGCUGCAAUUAAAAAGAUAAACCAAACAAGAUCAAUUACACCAGCAUCACCUAACUUAGAUGAAAUGGAAGAAGGUGAACGAAUCUUAUAUGAAUUGAAAAAUGAGAAUGAAUCUAAAAAAACAAAAGUCUUUACAAUUUCUUCAGAGACUGGAUCAGGUAAAACUUGGAGUUAUUUAUCUGUUUUACUUUCAAAAUUAAAAGAAGAUGAUUUAAAUUGGUUUAAAACUAAACCUGAAAAGUAUGAAGCUUUCAAGAAAUCUCAACAAAUUAGAUCAAUUAUAAUGGUACCUACUAAUGAGUUGGUAGAUCAAAUUUAUGAGACAUUGCAUAGAGCAAAUAAAUUUAGUUUAGAACAUGAGAAUGUUAAUAAAAAGUAUAUUGAUUUCUUAAAUUUACCAGAGAAUGAAUCAUUAGGUUUUUCAAUAAUGAAAUUAUCACAAGGUGAUCCUUCUAUCAGCUUAUACAAACAGUUAAAGAAUUAUGGAAAAAUAGAUAUAUUAGUCACUACACCUGCAAAAUUUACAAGUUUAUCAAAAAUCGAAUCAGUUGAUCGACCAUUCAAAAUUUUCAAAAGUGUAAAAUACUGUAUAUUGGAUGAGUCAGACACUUUAUUUGAUCCAUCUUUCAUCAAAGAUACUACAUCAGUGGUUAAGAAUUUUCCUAAUUUAUUGGAUUUGAUACUAGUUUCUGCCACAAUUCCCAAAGAAUUUGAAAAGCAAUUAAAAAUUUUAUUCCCAGAGGAGAAAUCAAUUAUAAGAAUUUCAACUCCUGGAUUGCAUAAAAUUCCAAAAAAGAUUAAAAUUUUCACUUUGGAUUCAGAUUUACAACCAUAUAAUGGAUCAAAAGUCAGAUGUUUAGCUCAAACCAUAUAUGCGAUAUCAAAAGAUGGAACAGAACCAGAUCAAACUAAGAGGAUAAUCAUAUUUGUAAAUUCUAAAGAUGAAGUAGAUGAACUUGUUGAGACAUUAAAAGAUAAAUAUUCCAUUAACGAAGAAGAUAUAUUUGGAAUAUCAAGUACCAAAAAGGUUCAAGAUAGAAAAGAUAUUUUAUCACCUUUUUUGAAACCUGCUCAACCAAUAAAUGAUUCAAAUAAAUCUAAAAUUAAUAUCUUGGUAACUACAGAUUUAUUAUCAAGAGGUUUAAAUUUUUCAGGUAUUAAAAAUAUUAUAUUAAUGGGAUUACCUAGAAAUUCAAUUGAUUUGGUUCAUAGAAUUGGUAGAACUGGUAGGAUGAAUCAAUCUGGUAGAGUAUUCAUUAUUGUUGAUAAAAAAUCAAAAAAAUCAUGGGUUAAAGGUUUGGGUAAUGCUAUUAUAAAAGGAUUAAAAAUUGGAUAG